CACGGUUUGUGCGUGUUGGCGCACGCUCAUCGUUGCCGCGCCGCCCCCGCUUCCAGUGCGUGCCCAGGUCCCCGCUGGUCGUCGUUCUCAGGCCCAGAGCCGGCUCCUCCGGCCCAGUGGCCUCGUGAGGUGGCAAGGAGGGACCCCGGGAGAGGAGCGCGCCGGAGGAGCAGCCCCCGGCCCGGAGCCUCGGGAGCCCAGGGCCGGUCCGCGAGUCCCGACGGGGUCCGCCUCCACUGCCACAGUCCUGCACGUUGUUCCAAGAGCAGCGGAAAAUGAAUCGGUCUCCGGAGUGAAGACGAAUGGGCAAUUGAGGCCCUGGUCCAGGCGGCCCACCCUCGCAGCACAGGAGCUCUUCACCGCCAGAUGAGCUGGAGACAUUUAAGACGCUCACUAACUUGACGGCGCGGAGACUUCUGGGAAAUAGAGUCCUGGUGCUUGUCCCGCUCUCCGGGCGGGCUUUGGCAGGCGGACUUCCGGCGUCUUCCUGCGCAGGUCCGCCUCCACUGUCACAGUCCUGCACGUUGUUCCAAGAGCAUCGGAAAAUGAAUCAGUCUCUGGGGCCAGUGUCAUUCAAGGACGUGGCUGUGGACUUCACCCAGGAUGAGUGGCAGCAGCUGGACCCUGAGCAGAAGACAACCUACAGGGAUGUGAUGCUGGAGAACUACAGCCACCUCGUUUCUUUGGGGUGUCUCAUUAUCAAACCGGAAGUUAUCACCAAGUUGGAGAAAGGAGAAGAGCCAUGGAUAGUGGGAGGAGAAUUCCUACUUCAGAGUUACCCAGAAGAAGACUGGGAAGUCCAUGAUCUGAUAGAGGGAGCCCAGGAAAAUGAAGACAAACAUUCAAGGCAAACUGAAUCUGUCAACAACAAAACCGUGAUUGAAGAGAGAGGUAAUGUUUUUGGUAAGACUUUUAAUGUGGAAACAAACCCUGUUCCUUCAAGAAAAAUAUCCUGUAAAUGUGACUCAUGUGGAAAGAGUUUAAAAUCUACUUCAGAAUAUAUUAGUAGUGAUGGAAGCUAUGCAAGAAUGAAGCCUGAUGAAUGUAGUGCAUGUGGGAAAUCACUUCUCCAUGUUAAGCUUGAAAAAACUCAUCCAGGAGAUAAACCUUAUGAAUUGAAUCAAAAUAGGGAGGCUUAUGCUCUAAAUGAAGGUAUUUUCCAGAACAUUCAUAUUUUAGAGAAGCCCUGUGAAUAUAUAGAAUAUCAGAAAGCCUUUCAAAAGGGUACAGUGUUUGUUAAUCAUAUGGAGGAGAAGCCCUACAAGUGGAACGAAUCUGAAAUAGCCUUUCUCCAAAUGUCAAACCUCAGUGUGCACCAGAGAGCUCAUAUGGAAGUGAAGCCCUAUGAAUGCAAUGCAUGUGGGAAAUCCUUCUGUAAAAAGUCAAAAUUUAUUAUACACCAGAGGACUCAUACUGGAGAGAAACCUUAUGAAUGUAACCAAUGUGGGAAAUCCUUCUGCCAGAAGGGAACCCUCACUGUACAUCAGCGAACACACACAGGGGAGAAGCCCUAUGAAUGUACUGAAUGUGGGAAAACCUUCUACCAGAAGUUACACCUCGUUCAACAUCAGAGAACUCACUCAGGAGAGAAGCCCUAUGAAUGUAGUUAUUGUGGAAAAUCCUUUUGCCAGAAGACACAUCUCACACAACACCAGAGAACACAUUCAGGAGAGAGACCCUAUGUUUGUCAUGACUGUGGAAAAACCUUCUCCCAGAAGUCAGCACUUAAUGACCAUCAGAAAAUUCACACAGGCGUGAAACUCUAUAAGUGCAACGAGUGUGGGAAAUGCUUCUGCCGCAAGUCUACUCUGACUACACACCAGAGGACACACACAGGAGAGAAACCCUACGAAUGCAAUGAAUGUGGGAAAUUCUUCUCUAGGUUGUCAUAUCUCACUGUACAUUACAGAACUCAUUCAGGAGAGAAGCCCUAUGAAUGUAACGAAUGUGGGAAAACCUUCUACCUGAACUCAGCCCUCAUGAGACAUCAGAGAGUCCACACAGGAGAGAAGCCCUAUGAAUGUAAUGAAUGUGGAAAGUUAUUCUCCCAGUUGUCAUACCUCACUAUACAUCAUAGAACUCACUCAGGAGUGAAACCCUAUGAAUGUAACGAAUGUGGGAAGACCUUCUACCAGAAUUCAGCCCUUUGUAGACAUCGGAGAAUACAUAAAGGAGAGAAACCCUAUGAAUGUUACAUAUGUGGGAAGUUCUUCUCUCAGAUGUCAUACCUCACUAUACAUCAUAGAAUUCAUUCAGGAGAGAAGCCCUAUGAAUGUAAUGAAUGUGGGAAAACCUUCUGCCAGAAUUCAGCCCUUAAUAGACAUCAGAGAACACACACAGGAGAGAAAGCCUAUGAGUGUUAUGAAUGUGGGAAGUUCUUCUCUCAGAUGUCAUAUCUCACUAUCCAUCAUCGAAUUCAUUCAGGAGAGAAACCUUUUGAAUGUAACGAAUGUGGGAAAGCCUUCUCUCGGAUGUCAUACCUUACAGUACAUUAUAGAACUCAUUCAGGAGAGAAGCCCUAUGAAUGUAACGAAUGUGGGAAAAAAUUCUACCACAAAUCAGCCUUCAAUAGCCAUCAGAGAAUUCACAGGAGAGGGAAUAUGAAUGUACUUGAUGUGGGAAGGCUUCUCUGAAGUCACACCUCAUUUAAUGUCACAGAACCCUCAAUAUAAUGAAUCAGAAACUCCUACCGUCCUAAAAGACAGUUCACACAGAUGAGUGUGGACAAGCCUUUGAGCAUUAGUCAGACUUGGAAUCUGGAAGUUCGCAGGACGGAACCCACAACUGUAACUAGGCCCCAUGAUCGGUUGACAGGAGUAAAAAUUUAUUGAUACUUAAAUUGUGCAUAGUUUAACCAUGGAUUCAAACUGUUUCACGUAUCAGGGAAUUCAGACCAAGGGAAAAUCUCUCAAGUUAAGGAAUGUGGAGAACAUAUUCUGUUGGAAAUUAUGAAUACUGAAAGUUAUGUUUCUGAUAAAAUAUGAAGCUUUUUGUAAAAAAGCCACAGAAGAUGGUUGUUGUGAAUAAACAUGCUCCUUAUGUAAAUAGAAGCUGUAAAGUUGUCAGGUAGCUAAUCAAGACAGCAACAUGGCAACAUUAAGCUCAUAUAUGAGUGGGUCCUGAGGAUGUAGGACUAAUGCUUUUGAGGGUGUUUUGGUCUGUUUGUUUGCUUUUUAAGAUGCUGCAUUACAGGAAUUGGAUGUUCAGUUUGAAUCAUGUUUGAAAAGACAUUGUAUCCUUAUUAGAAUAAUUUCUAAGGCAUAUGGUAAUGACCCAUUUUAAGUAGCAUGGCUAUGUUAGUAUCUUAAUAUGCAUUGUUACUGAACUAAUAUUUGAAAGAUAUGAAGUAUGCUUCUUUUUGUAAUCCUCCCUGGUAUUUAUAAAUGCAUUUUAUCAUUGUUAAUGAACUAAGUCUUCCAUAAGGGAGCCAGCGUUUUUAAUAAUGUUUUCAAAUGUAUCUGAGUUAGCAAGAGAUAGAAAUCUAUGCAAAAAAUAGAAAAUGGCAUAAAUAAUUUAAAAUUGUUAAUGCCAGAAGUCUGUAGUGAGGAACAUAGGACUCAUUGCACUCAGUACAGUUUUUAAGAUAUACCUAAAACAGUUUCAUUUUAAUCUAAUUUUUUUCACCUACUGUUUUUUAUUUAGAUGCCUAUGUAAGUGUAAGUGUGCAGAGCACACAUAAUGUGUAACCUAGGAAUUAACUGUAAUUUUAUUUGAUAAGAUGGUGUUUUUAAACACCGUGCUUUGCUCCUUCCUGAAUGGAUUAAGAGUGGGUUCAUACGGGUUUGUAGCUGGCAUUGUUGGGUGACCACCCUACUCACUCGCUUCUUAUUGUUGGCUGGCCAAGUUUGGGUAUCCAUUCCUCCUGACAGAACAGAAUAAAUCCUGAUUAGUUUCAGCCAAUAAUGAUAAUCCCUUUCUCAUGGCCAGCAACUGGUUUAGAGUGGUCCGAGAACCCAAUUCUAGACAAAUAAAGGAAAUAUCUGACAGGUUAUUUCUGGAAAAGUUUUCUUCAAAGCUUCAAGGAAUCAUGCUGGGUGACAUGGAACCUUGUUGAACUUUUCCUUGUCUGGAUGUGAUGCCUGGCUCUGUCUUUCAACAAUGAAUUAUGAUAAUAAUUUGCACAUGGCAGUGCAGAAAGAUUGGAAGAACCUGGGACCUGGACAAUGCUCUUGAGCCACUGAACCAUCCAGCCAUUUAGCCAUUCCACCUCUGGACUGUUUCUUUUCUGAAAGACUAAAUUUAUUUUUAAGCUGAUUGAUUUAGGUUGCUUUUAGGGAUAACUACAGAUACAGAGUUUGUAGGAGUUACGCAAUUGAGAAGUGGACUUUAGGCAAAUCAUUUAUUUUGAGGUGCUGAUAUAGAAAUUAUCUUAUUUUCUGUAAAUUUUGGUGUAAAUAGUUUGAAUAUUAGAAAACCUGAAACCAUUAAAUGUGUAUGUUUUCCUGAAUUGUUAUGUUACUGACCUAAGAACCUCUGGAACCUGAUACGAUGUCAGGUAUAUCUUUCUUUUGAUAAUGCAUGACAUAAAUUUUGUUUAGGUUAAUUUGUUAUUCAUGGAUCAUUGCUACCAUGUUGUUGACAAUAUAUGGUGUGAGGUAAGGACCUACUUUUGUUGUCCAGUGAUUAGCCUGAUGAGAGCCUGUAUUAUUUGAGUAAUUCACCCCUUACCACGGAGAUGAAAUGCCAUGUUUCUCAUGUAUUUCUAUCAGUCACUCAAGGCACCUGUUUUUAUUGCUUAUCACUUUUCCACCAUAUUUGUCUAGAUGAUCUUGAGUCUGCUACAUAACAGGAAUUAAAGUUCUGGUAGAGUGUAUAAUAGUUUUGUGUAGCAACUAUAUAUUCAUAGUAUAUUUGUUGAAAUGAUAUUUACAGAGGUUUCCUACACUAGUGGGAAGUAGCUUAAAUACACAGUAUGCAUUUUAAGUAAAAUAUUUGAAAAGUUUAAAUGGUUUACCACAUUCUUUUUCUCUUAUGGAGUGCCUGACAUGAAAGGGUCCUGUACAUGUAAGUGGUCCUCAACUGCCUCUUCAGUAAUGCAGUCAUGAUUGUUUCAGAGAUGUCAGUGUUUUCAUAUUAUUACAUCUCUGAAAUUAGAAUCUAUAGCAUGUUCUGAUUCAACUGGCAUCGAUUUUUUUUUCUUCCUUAGAGGUACUUAAAAUAAUGGGUUGUCUUAGAUUUGAUGGAAUGCAAUAUUUGAAAAGUUUUUAACUAUUCCCGGCAAGGCCUAAAAGUUCAUGAAAGGAGGCACCACAGGGAUGGUUCUGUUUCCCCACCCAGCAGCAAAGUCAUAAUGUGGAAUUGGGGCAGAGCAGGAGUACUUGCUCUUUAUACACAGUGACCUCAUACUGUGGAGUAUGAGCAGAUUUGGAACUCCCAGGGGGUUUCCAAGGGCUGAGCAGGAGGUUGACCCCUCCUGGCACAUAGAGGUGAGAUUCCCCCAGUUUUUUUUGUUUGUUUUUUCAGUUACCCUAGUGUUAGUGAAAUGGUGGUUCAUUUGUUGCUUCUGUGGCCUCUCAAACAGGUCAAAAUGAAGACCAUUCCUAACACCAGGGCCCUCUUCUGAGGCCACAGAGAGUCACCCUCUCUUUAUUCCACCUCAGUGUGGUUGGCUGGGCUGUCCACUCUAGUGCCCCAAAGAAGGUUGUAUGGAUAGAUAUUGGUAAAGAUGUAUUGGUAUGUUUGUAUACUGUGGAAGUAUGUAAAAUGAUACAGGCAUCUGGGAAACUAACCUGGAAAUACCUUUUAAAUUCAAUAAUAUGUGUGCUUUAUCAUGCAGUAGUACCCCAAUCUGUUUAUAGAUCCCAGAGAAAUUCUAUACACAGGAGGAUGUAUAUACAGGGAAUUUCACCACAGCAGGACUUUUGAGAUGUCCUAGGUGACUGUCAUUAGAAAAGGUGAGUAAAAUGUGGAUCAAGCAGUGGGGUGGUGUCCAGCAGUUAGCAGUGUGUGCUCUGUUGUAGCACAGUUGAUUAACACUUUUACAUAUGAAUGAAAAAAAAUAGAUGGAAUGAGAUUUCAUGCAACUAAAAAACGUUUACAUCAAUUAAAGUUACACACACACCAUCAUAGAGGCUACAGUAGUAUGUGCUUAAGGUCAGUGUGAGUACCUGUGGGGGAAGGGAUGGAAUUGGGGUUUGGCAUGAAGAAACAGUGGGGUCCACACAGAAACCAAUGCUGAUAAUAAGUAUGUUUUUAACUGAGUAGUACAGUUAACACUGUGCUCAGGACUCCUCCAGAAAUAUGAAAACAUGCACACAGGAAAAUUAAAGGCCCCUAAUUAAAAUCCCCAAUAAUGUUUUAUUCUGUUCAGUUUUAGCCAGAAUUUUAUUAGGUACCUAAAUGAUGCCUCCUGUGCCUUUUCUGGCAACUUCUACCCAAGCCAACUUUCAAGAAAAUGGCACAGCUGCUCCACCUGUUGGUCACUUUGUACUUGUAAACGUCCUUACAAUGAAAGAGUGUUCUACAUGUGAGUGUCUGCAUCACUUCGUAGAACUCAGUGUAAUAAACUGGGCUGCUGACUGUACUACAGUGUUACCCUGCUUUGUUUAUGAAAGAGAUUCCCCCUUCAGUUUCAACUGGCACAUCACUGGAGAUUUGACUUCUCAACUUACCUUUCAGGUAGGUGUGGCCAGGUGAUUAUGUUGGAGCCCAUUACGGAAAUCUGUCGUCAUCCUCUGAGUCACAUUCUUAAAAGUUGGUUCUUCACUGCCUUUCCUCCUUCCCUUGCUUGGGCUGUGACUGAUAGAACU